AUGGCAGGGACCGCACGCCACGACCGAGAGAUGGCGAUCCAGGCCAAGAAGAAGCUCACUGUGGCCACUGACCCCAUCGAGAGGCUCCGCCUGCAGUGUCUGGCCAGGGGCUCAGCGGGCAUCAAAGGGCUUGGCAGAGUGUUUCGAAUAAUGGAUGACAAUAACAACCGAACCCUUGAUUUCAAAGAAUUUGUUAAAGGGUUAAAUGAUUAUGCUGUGGUCAUGGAAAAGGAGGAGGCAGAAGAGCUUUUCCGGAGGUUUGAUAAAGAUGGAAACGGAACAAUAGACUUCAGUGAAUUUCUUCUCACAUUAAGACCUCCAAUGUCCAGAGCCAGAAAAGAGGUGAUUAUGCAAGCUUUUAGAAAGCUAGACAAGACUGGAGAUGGAGUGAUAACAAUUGAAGACCUUCGAGAGGUGUACAAUGCAAAACACCAUCCGAAGUACCAGAAUGGUGAAUGGACGGAGGAGCAAGUGUUCCGGAAAUUUCUGGAUAACUUUGACUCACCCUAUGACAAAGAUGGAGUGGUGACCCCUGAGGAGUUCAUGAACUACUAUGCCGGGGUGAGCGCGUCCAUUGACACUGAUGUGUAUUUCAUCGUCAUGAUGCGAACUGCCUGGAAGCUUUGA